GAGAGAGAGGCGGUUCAGCCCCGCUGUGGUCUCAGCAGCAGCGGCUUAGAGACUAGUGCUUAAACCACUGUGUCGUGCGGGAAUAUGCACGGCAGAGCCUUAUAACCGCCAGCGGUAAAAAUUAAAACGAAAAUAACUCGUUCGUGUGGACUAAGUCAGGGACACGAUACAUCGGAGCAAAUUCGGAUCGACGGACGAGGAUUGGAACACUGGCUACUGUACGUUAACACCGCCGGAUGGUUAAGGGUGCUGGCUCAGCCAAACAACCAAUAAUGCACAGCGUCUGCACUGCAGCCACACCCACUUCCUGCCUGUAGAGGAAGCGGCUGUGCCAGCAUGUCCUCUCACCCUCAGUCUGUGCAGCCGGGCCGGAGGACUGUGGACACACGGCACCUGCCAAACCCUGCGAGUCUACCACUGCAGCUGCAACGGGCACACGCGGAAGUGGGACUGGUUGACUACCACUCUCAUCAUGCCAGGGACUUCAACUCCCACCUGGCACAGCCCCAUCGCCGUCGGCCCUCCUUGCUUUCAGAGUUCCAGCCGGGGAACGAGAGAGGACAAGAACAGCAUAUCCGCUAUGAGCACAUGUACCUGCCGGAGCACAGCGGCCAGUCCGAGGUGGAGUACGCGGAGAUCAAGCGGCCUCGUCUAGAGAUGGCACCGGAGUCUCUGAUGAGGCCUUCAUCCCACCGGCCACAGCUGCCCAUGGGAUUGGCUGAGGAUAUGGCGAAGGACCGUGGCAGUGGAAUGGGGAAGCUGGAGCCGAUCUCCCCUGUGAGCCCGGCCCUUAUGGACCCUGACUUGGAUCUGGUGCCGGCUCGCUUCUCCAAGGAGGAGCUGAUCCAGAACAUGGACCGCGUGGACCGGGAGAUCACCAUGGUGGAGCAGCAGAUCUGCAAGCUCCGCAAAAAACAGCAACAGCUGGAGGAGGAGGCGGCGAAACCACACGAGCCAGAGCGGCCCAUUUCGCCGCCACCGAGCGAGGCCAAGCACCGCAGCCUGGUGCAGAUCAUCUACGAUGAGAACAGGAAAAAGGCAGAAGAGGCUCACAGGAUACUGGAGGGACUGGGACCCAGGGUAGAACUGCCUUUGUACAAUCAGCCUUCUGAUACCAAGCAGUACCAUGAGAACAUCAAAAUAAACCAGGCGAUGAGGAAGAAGCUCAUCUUGUAUUUCAAGAGAAGAAAUCAUGCUCGUAAGCAGUGGGAGCAGAAGUUUUGCCAGCGCUACGACCAGCUGAUGGAAGCCUGGGAGAAGAAGGUGGACCGCAUCGAAAGCAAUCCGCGGCGCAGAGCCAAGGAGGGCAAGGUGCGCGAGUACUACGAGAAGCAGUUCCCCGAGAUCCGCAAGCAAAGGGAGCUGCAGGAGCGCAUGCAGAGCCGCGUUGGGCAGCGAGGAGGCGGGCUGGCCUCGUCCGCGGCUCGCAGUGAACACGAGGUCUCUGAGAUCAUUGAUGGAAUAUCGGAGCAUGAGAACACAGAGAAGCAAAUGCGGCAGCUGGCGGUCAUCCCUCCGAUGCUCUUUGACGCCGAGCAGCAGCGCAUCAAGUUCAUCAACAUGAACGGUUUGAUGGAUGACCCCAUGAAGGUGUACAAGGAUCGGCAGGUUAUGAACAUGUGGAGUGAGCAGGAGAAGGACACGUUCAGAGAGAAGUUCAUCCAGCAUCCCAAAAACUUUGGUCUCAUUGCGUCUUUUCUGGAGAGAAAGACGGUGGCGGAGUGUGUGCUCUUUUACUACCUGACCAAAAAAAAUGAAAACUAUAAGAACAUAGUGCGGAGGAACUACAGACGCCGAGGAAGGAGCCAGCACGGCCAGCAGCAACAGCAACAACAACAACAGCAGCAACAACAGCAGCAGCAGCAACAACAACAACAACAACAGCAGCAGCAGCAGCAGCAGCAGCAGCAGCAGCAGCAGCAACAACAACAAGUGCACCGGGGCAGCCAGGAAGACAAGGACAAGGAGAAGGAGGAGAAAGAGAAGGAGGGAGAGCGGGAUGAAGAAAAAAAUGAACCUGAAGAAAAGGAAGAUGGAAUGAAGGACGACACAUCCGGAGAAGAUGCCGAGGACAAAGAGCCCGCCGUGGCUUUCAAGGGUCGACGCACGGCCAACAGCCAGGGGCGCCGCAAGGGCCGAAUCACCCGCUCCAUGACCAGCGAAGUGGACGAGACCACCACGCCGCCACUCAACAACGAGCUGGCCAACCUGGAAAUGAAUGAGAGCUCUCGCUGGACUGAAGAAGAGAUGGAAACUGCCAAAAAGGGCCUUCUCCAGUAUGGUAGGAAUUGGUCCGCCAUCGCCAAGAUGGUUGGCUCCAAAACCGUGUCACAGUGCAAGAACUUCUACUUCAACUACAAGAAGAGGCAGAAACUGGAUGAGAUUCUGCAGCAGCAUAAAAUGAAAUCGGAGAAAGAGCGAAAGGCCCGUCGCAAGGGCAAAGCCCUGCAGAAUGAGGAGACCAGUGCCCCGUAUACUGCAGAGGAGGAGGAAAUGGAGGCCUCAGGAGCCAGUGGCAAUGAGGAGGAGGCCCCUGAAGAUGGAGAAGGUGGAGCCAACAACAGCUCUGAUACGGAGAGUUUGCCCUCGCCACACUCAUCAGAGGACAGCAAGGCUAAGGAGGAAGGCUCGAGUAGGUCAAAGGGCAGCUCCACCACUGGGGACAAGGAGGCGGCCGGCUCAGACGUGGGCCAGGCCGGUGAUGAGAAACCUCCAGUCAAGGAAGAUGCAGAGUCGGCCAUCAAGCAGGAGAUAAAGACUGAGACAGGGGAGCCCAGCAAGGAGCAGCUGAAGCCGACUUCACCCAGCGAUGCCAUCGAUAAAAAACCUCCCACUGCAGAAUUGGAAGAAGGUAAAAGCUCCGGCAAGAACUCCCGGAAGGACCACGGGCCCAGGACCGGUUCCCAUGGGGACAGUGACUCUAGUGCCACUUGCAGCGCUGAUGAAGUGGAGGAGACGGACAACCCAGACAAGAACAGAAUGAAUUCGCCACGGCCGAGUCUGCUGAACUACACACAUGAUGGCGUCAUCUCCUCCCCGCUGCAGAAGCCCAUGGACCUUAAACAGCUCAAACAGAGGGCUGCCGCUAUACCUCCUAUUAUGCCAGAAGCCUCCAUGCAAGCUAGUCAGCGGGGCGCAGGGGGCAAGGCAGUGUUGCCCCCUCAUGCCCUGGCAUUGUACCAACAACAGAUCACCAUGGCUCAUGGGGAGUCAUCUCAGGAGGUCAAAAUGCAGCAGCAGCAGCAGCUUCCAGGCCAGCCAGGCAAACCGCAGCCCUACACCUUGCAGGCAGACCGAGACAGGGAGGCUCUCCACAGCAGCAGUCCUCGUGUCCGCUCGCGCAGCCCCUCCACCAGCGACAAGGAUGAGCUGGAAGGCAACGAGAGGUGGUUACUGACCCUCCUGCAGGGAUUAAAAAAGUCCCGUGCUUUCUCCCCGCACGGUGAAGCAAAGAAGCAGGCGCUCGGCCCUGAUGACCUGAGGACCUCCAACCUGGGCCGACAGGUUCUCUCCCCUUACCCCAUGUCCCCGCGAGACAUGGCCAAGAUCAGUCACGACCAACACCUGCUGCACUUCAACUCGUUCCAGCAAACCGGCCACCCCUCACUCUCCAACCUGCCACAGGACAGUGGACGGCUAGCAGCAGUGAGACCCCUCACGAUGCCAGAGCCUCCGCCGCUCAUUUCCUCUACCAAGCAAGGGGGCUCCAUCACACAGGGCACCCCGGUGCAGUUGCACAGCCCAGCUCACGGGUUGGACCAUGGGAAGAUGACCCCCACGCAGAUGGGUCUGUCCUGGAUGGAUCAAAGGAAAGUGGCAGGUGCUUUUCCCGUCAUAAAGCAGGAACAGUUGUCUCCUCGCAGCUCAUCCUCUCAAGCAGACAACCUUUCAUCCCAGGGGUCGCCUCAUGAUAGCCCCGCUGGACGUGGAUCUAUUCCAGCGGUGCAGGGAGGUAGUAUCACUAAGGGUAUCCCAGGGACCAGAAUGCAUCCAGAUUCAUCAAUCUCCUACCGAGGGGGCUCCAUUACUCAGGGGACGCCAGCGGAUGUGCUGUAUAAGGGAACCAUAACGCGUCUGAUCACAGAGGACGGCGCCAGUCGAGCCGAGAGGGAACGGGAUGAGGCCCUGUCUAAAGGCCACGUGGUCUACGAGGGCAUCAGCGGGCACAUUCUCACAUACGACCGCCCAGCUUCUCAGACCCCUAAAGAUGAGGGCCGAGGGGAAAUUCUAGGCCUGAAGCGUCCGUAUGACAUCAUGGAGGGAGGCAUCUCAAGAGGAAUGCCUUUGAGGGAUCCACUCUCUGGGGCCAGCUGUGAAGGCCUGAUUGGUCGAGCCAUGCCUCACGAUAGGGACAGUCCUCAUCACACACCUUACAAGGAUGCUCAUCACAUCCGUGGCUCGAUCUCACAAGGUAUACCUCGUCAUCUGGACCCUCAGGACGUCUACUCGAGGAGGGAGGCCAAGCAGAUGAAGCGAGAGGGCUCCCCGCCCCGUGGCCCCGGCUCGCUCUCCGACGCGAUGAAGGGUAGAGAGGCCAUGGUGCCCACGGUGAAGGAGGCGGGCCGCUCCAUCCACCUCAUUCCCCGAGAGGAGCUCAGACAGCCUGCCAAGGAGGGCAUCAUGGCACAGGGAACACCCAUGAAGCAGGAGCCAACUGGUUCAGGGAAACGCCACGAUGUCCGCUCCAUUAUAGCCAGUUCACCACGUUCUUACCACAACGCACCCUCCCACAUGGACAUGCGGGGCGAGAGGGGCCGCUACGACGAGGCGCCAAAGGGGCGGCCCAGCGCGGUGGUCAGUACAGCUAGCACCAUAGCCCGCUUGUCUCCCCUUACCCUGGGGUCAGAGCAGGGAAGCAAGGCUCAUCACAGUCCAGUGGGCUACGAGGACAAAAGCGCCUUGAGGGCCUCUUACGCCGGGCCUUCCCACCGCGGCUCCCCACUGUCCAGGGACGCAAGCCAACGGCAGCAUGACGGUUCCAGUAAGAAUCCGUCUCAGGAGCGUAAAGCCACGCCGACCCCCAGAGAAAUGAGUGCCACCAAAUCCCCCCUCCCAAGUGUUCCGGAUCAACAGACCUACGAGCGUCUGCUGCAGGGUCUCGGGGCUACAGACGUGUACCGUCAAAUCCCCAUAGCCUUCGACCCAGCGGCUUACUACUUGCCUCGCCACCUCGCGCCCAACCCGGCGUACGGUCAUCCCUACCCCUACCUCAUGCAGGGCUUUCCCGACACUGCGGCCCUGGAAAACCGCCAGACGCUGCUCAACGACUACAUCACCUCGCAGCAGAUGCACCAGUGGCCUGCAGCCGCUGCCAUGGCUGCACAGCGCUCGGACCUGCUGAGGGGCCUUACUCCUCGAGACCAGCCCCUCCAAAUGCCCUAUUCUGCAGCCCCGCGAGGGAUCAUUGAUCUUUCUCAGGUGCCACACUUACCUGUCCUGGUCCCUCCCUCUGCGGGGGCGGCUGGUUCUCCAAUGGAUCGCAUCUCCUACAUCCCCAGGGGAAGUGCCCCCUUCCCCGGCAGGCCUUACACCACCUCCCCCAUCUCACCUGUGGGAUCCUCACACAUAAACAAGAUGCAGGGCGCAGAGCGCGAGCGCGAAAGAGACCGAGAGCGUGACAGAGAGCGGGAGAGGGACCGCGAGAGAGACCGCGAGCGGGAGAGAGAGAGGGAGCGCGAACGUGACCGUGAGAGGGAUCGAGAAAGAGAACGGGAGCGUGACCGCGAGAGGGACAGAGAGCGAGACCGGGACCGCGAGCGGGACCGAGAGAAGGGCGGCUCGCUCGGAAACGUGGAGCACGCACCCAUCUGGCGACCAGGUACCGAGCACAGCUUGGCGAGCAGCAGCAGCAGCAGUGUGAGACCUUCCUCCCAACCGUACAGCCACCAGCACUCCCCGGUGUCCCCCCGCAACCAGGAGAACGUGCAGCAGAGGCCGAGUGUCCUUCACAACACGGGGGGCAAAAGCCUUUCUAUCAGCGAUCACUCCGGCUCAUCCGUGUUUCGGUCCAUGCCCUCUGGCCCGGCCCACUACCAACGUUAUCCUGGCCACCUCCAAAGGACGGGCGUGCCUCCCGAGACCUACCCAGCUGCCAUGGACUCAAAUGUAGUUAAAGAGCAGGGUCGCGAAGGAGGCAAAAACAGGGGGGGUCCACCCAAGCACGCGCAGGACCAGCACGGGCCCCCCGGUAAAUCUGAGUCCAGGCUGUCCUGCCCGAGCCCAGGAGGAAUGUACCCGGGCUCCUACCCCUCGGCCCCCGGCCGGCCCCAGCACCUGCUCCCUCCCCAAACGGAUAACCCCCCCGGCCGUGGAGAAAGCGGUACACCUAGUAGGGAAAAGACUCAAAACAAAGCGAUGUCCAUUCAGGAACAAGAGCUCCGAGCACUCGCUCAACAGAAGAUGGAGCCACACGGUCUAUACCGUCCUCCGUCUGAGGAGAGACUGUCUCCAGGACAACAGCCCCCGUCCCCCUGUGUUAAAGGCAGCCAGAGGGUGGUCACCCUGGCACAGCACAUCAGCGAGGUGAUAACUAAGGACUACACUAGGCAGAGCCAGCAGCAGCAGCAGCAGCAGCAAAGCUACCACGGCUCUCCCGUCCUGGACUUGACUCGUCCACCCAGUGCCUCCCAGCCCCCACCCAUCUCACAGGAGCCCCGAUACCAGGAAGGCCUCGGGGGAGAACGCAACCGCGACCGAUCUCCUCCUCAGACCAAGACAUCACCUCUCAGUGGGUCAAAUGAUGGCAUUGAACCAGUUUCUCCUGUUGGAGCCAGCUCUGAGCCUGAUGCCCAGGGAGGGGCGUCUUACUCCAACGAGCAAGGGGAACAAGGAAUGGGCUCCCGUUCGCCUCCCAAUGCCGCCCAGCCUCCAGCUUUCUUCAGCAAGUUGACCGAGAGCACCUCGGCCAUCGUGAAGUCAAAGAAACAGGAGAUGAUCAAGAAGAUGACGGUGGUGGGGAAUGACGGUGAUUUCAAUGCUGGUCAGCCAGGAACAGAGAUCUUCAAUAUGCCGGCAUCAACAACUGCAGGACCGGUGAGUGUCCGCUGCCAUCCAGCUCCAGAGACGCCGGGUAAUUCCAUAGGCCUGGAGGCCAUUAUAAGAAAGGCCUUGAUGGGCAAUUACGAUGAUCAGCCUGAGGAGCGCUCCCCGUCCAGCGCCGCUAACCAGAUGGGAUCGGCCGGCUCUGCCGGAGUGCCUGUGGCCGAGGGACGCGCUGAAGACUUUUUCUCACAAGGUGGGGGAAAGUCCUCAAAGGGCAGCGGGCGCUCUAACGGCCGGAAGGCAAAGUCUCCGGGACCGGGGCUGUCCGGGGGGGAGAGGCCUUCCUCCGUGUCCUCAGUCCACUCCGAAGGAGACUGCAACAGACGAACUCCUCUUACUAACCGCGUUUGGGAGGAUCGGCCUUCGUCCACUGGUUCAACUCCGACGCCCUUCCCGUGUAACCCGUUGAUAAUGCGUUUCCCCAGCGGGACGGUGUCUGCGCCCUCGCCCUCCUCCGGCCAGCUGGGGGGCCCGGGGCCCGCACAGGGCCGCUCCUGGGAGGAGGAGCCCAAGCCUCUUCUCAUGUCUCAGUACGAGACCCUCUCUGACAGCGAGUGACCCACAAAUCGGUUGUACCACAUGACCUGCUAACAGUCAACCAGAUCUGUGCUGCUGCGCGCACACACACAAACACACACACACAUGCUUAGGCAUCUGCAAAGCAACCAACACCAUUCCACUCUGCAUUUCCUCCGUCAGUGGUCAAGAAAGGAGCGCGUCCUUCUUUUCUCCCAUGUCUGAGACGCCAAGCAGCCCGAGCUCUGACACUGCUGCUCGUUGUGUGUGCGCUUUGUGUGUGUGUGUGUGCGCGUGUGUGUCUGUGUUUGCACCUAUGUGUGAUGCAUUCACUCCAGGACUAUUCAAAAGGACAAAUCACUUCUUUCUUUUUCUUCUUUUUUUUUCUUUUUUUUUUUUU